CUCCUUUCCAGCGAGAAGCUCAGAGAGAGGAGCAUUGUCGCAAUCGUAGAGCUGUGUCGCGCGCCACUGGCGUCUAGGGUUUUGCGCGAUCCCCGAGCCAUAUGGAGGAGCCGCUGCUAGGACGCGAUCGUCAACAGCCGGAGCUCGAGUUCCCGGAUUGUCCCGGCUGCCAGAUAUGGCGGCUCCGCGAGAAGGGAUCGCCGCCGCCGCUGAAGCAGCUGGUGUCCCUGGGAUUCGUGGUUCUUUGCAAUGCGCUGCCGAUUUCCGUGCUUUACCCGUUUCUAUAUUUUAUGGUGCGUGAUUUCCAUGUUGCGAAAACCGAGAGCGAUAUUGGCUUCUACGCAGGAUGGAUUGGAUCGUCGUUUAUGGCUGGACGUUUCUUCACUGCUGUGUUCUGGGGCUACUUGGCGGAUAGGAUUGGCCGGAGGCCAGUGAUGGUGCUUGGAAUUGUGUCAGUGUUGGUCUUCAACACGUUGUUUGGCGUGAGCACGAGCUUCACCAUGGCUCUGGUGACCCGGUUUUGCCUUGGCAGCUUCAAUGGCAUGCUUGGUCCGGUUAAGGCGUACGCAUCGGAGAUUUGCAGCGACGAGCAUCAAGCACUAGGUGUGUCGGUCGUUGGCACAACUUGGGGGCUAGGACUUAUAGUUGGACCAGCUCUGGGGGGGUUCCUGUCGCAGCCGGCUGUAAAGUAUCCGAAUGUUUUCCACCAUGGAUCCCUCUUUGCACGGUUUCCAUACUUAUUGCAAGCUCUGGUUGUCUCCGCGAUAGCGUUACUCGGUCUCUGUAUGUGUUUUACUCUACCUGAAACACUCCACAAGCAUCCUAAAAGGAACAUAUCAGCUGCUGAAGACAAGCAACCGGCAAGAAAGCAGUCGAUUCUCAAGAACUGGCCAUUCCUUGCAUCAACAACUGUGUAUUGCCUUUGGUCCCUCCAUGACAUUGCCUACACAGAGAUUUUCUCACUGUGGGCUGUUAGUCCAAGAUUACAAGGAGGACUUAGCUUCACUAGUUCUGACGUUGGAGAAGUCCUGGCUAUUUCAGGUUUCGCCAUGCUUGUUUUCCAGCUUACAAUUUUUCCGGCUGUUGCGAACAUGCUUGGGCCUAUUUUCAUGACUCGGAUAUCAGCUAUCCUGGCAAUUCCUAUACUUUGUAUAUAUCCUCUCAUGUCAAAGCUGGAAAACGUUUGGCUGUGGGUAGUCUUGCUCACUGCCUCCGUGCUUAAGUUCGUGCUCACCACGGCCACAAUGACCGGAUCGUUUCUUCUGAUAAACAACUCCGUGACUCAAGAACAGAGAGGUGCUGCAAAUGGACUGUCACUAAGCGUUGUUUCUCUUUUCAAGGCUCUUGGCCCGGCAGGAGGAGGUUCAGUGUUUGCUUGGGCUCAAAAGCGCCAGCACGCAGCCUUCCUUCCAGGGGACGAGCUGGUGUUCUUCUUCCUCAUUUUCUUUGCCUUUCUUACGGUCCUGGCCACGCUCAGGCCUUUCUUGCCCGCGUCCACCAACAAGCUUCAAGACGAGAAAGCAGCGGAUCAGCUAGCUUGAUGUCAAUCCAGUGACAAGAUCCUGGCAUGACAACCAUUCCACUACAUAGCGAUGUAAAAAAACUCGAGCUUCGAUACUACUCGGCUGCGCAAUGAAAAACAUUCGUCGAAGAUU